GAAAAAAAUCAACGAGCAUCAUGGGCCCAUAAAAGCCGGGCAAAUUCCUUAAAUCCAUUCAUUCAUUGCAUCUCAAGCAGCUUCAAAAAAUUCUCUUCUAAAAAUUCCCCUUUAAAAUGAAAAAUCAAAAAGUUUUAAUGGCUUUUUGCCUUGCUUUUUCAUUAACCUUUUGUGUGAAUUCAAUGCCGAUUGAUGAAGAAGUUAGUGGAAAAGACGAUGUAGCGGAUCUUGGCAAGAAUGAGAAGGACCUCUCAAACAAGGUUGAAGGAGAACAAGGCACUAAGGAUGAGGAGCUUUCUUCUCCUUAUUCUAUUUUCACUCCUUCCUCUUCCUUUUCAUCUACAACUAAUUCAAAUACAAACGACCAAAUAGACGAGGAAAACAAUGUUCUCUCCCCAACUCAUAUUGAAACCACAAAGGCUGAUGAUUUUGAGGAUGACGCCAAAAAUGUAGCUAUUGAAAAUGAAAAUGAGGAGGAUUUGGUUGAUUAUGGAGCAGAAAAUGAGGAAAUUUUGAAACCGUUGAAAUAUGCGCUUAAACAAAUUUAUAUUGUUUUGGGCUCAUUUUUGGACGAGAAUUCGUUAAAAAUGGUUUUGGAGGGAAAUGACGUGAAACCUAGACAUUUGGAGAAAGAGACACUUGAAGCAAGUGAUUCUGUACUUGAUAAAGAUAAUGAAGCCGAAGAUGCUGUUACUGAGUCUAAUCAAGCCCCAGAAUCUGAACUUCAACCUUCUGAAGUAAUUUCUAGCCAAAAAGAAGUAGCUGACAAUGAAAAAUUAAUUAAAAUGUUGCAUUUGUUGAAGGAAGGGUCUACUGACACAAUAUGCUUUAAGGAGCAUACUGUACAUCAACAGGGGAUUUUUGAAUUAUUGAAACAUUUGGUCCAACACAUGGUAGUAUCUUAA